GUGAGCCCGUAUGCCGCUUAUCUCCAUGACUCCAUCUUACUGUAUGCCUUAGGUUUGAGAGAGGUUCUUCAGCAGGGGCGUAACAUCACAGAUGGACGAGCCUUGGUGGAAAGACUAAGAGGAUACAAUGAGACCCAGCUGUAUGGGGUGACUGGGCUGCUGAGCAUUGAUGAGAACGGGGAACGAUUCAUGGACUAUGCCAUCUACGACUUGCAGCCGGUGGGUAACGCCUCUCGCUUUGUGCCUGUUCUGCAAUAUGACAGCUACAGAAAACAGAUCAGCCCUACAGGUGCCUUAUCCCAGAUCAGCUGGCCGGGAACGACUCGCCCUUCAGACACACCGGACUGCGGGUUCAACAACGAGCUCUGCAAAAUAACCCUAACUAGCAGUCCGGUCAAUGCGCUGAUCAUCACCCUCACCUUCACCGCUGUGGCCGGGAUCAUUUUUGUAUUAUUUCUUCUCGUUCAGAAGGGACAACUUAAGAGACAGUUUGGAAAAGAUUCCUGGUGGCUAAUAAAAUAUGAAGACAUCUCCAUAAUAAAAGAGGGCAAGGUGAUUGCUGCGGAGGACGGGAGCAGGAGAUCAGAUUUACCGGGGGAAUGGUGGGUGAACCAUCCUGGGACCCCCUCGAGUACUCCAUCUAAACUGCAUGGCAGUCUCGGAUCCAGCGCCCUCAUCUCCAGCAAUACAAGCUACGGCUUCACGGACAAACAAGGCAAAGAGAUAUUCUACUCCAUCAUAGGUGUCUACCAGGGUAAUAAUGUUGCUGUGAAGUAUGUCACCGACCAAACAGCUGGAUUUCGAGUCAGGAAGCCGUCUAUCCUAAAAGAAUUCCGUAUAAUCUCCGAGCUGAAGCACGAGAAUCUGCUCACCAUUUUUGGCGUCUGCAUUGAACCCCCUAAUGUUUGUGUUGUGACCCAGUAUUGCAAGAAGGGGAGCCUGAAGGACGUGCUGCAGAAUAGUGAUAUAGAGCUGGACUGGGUCUUCAAGCUUUCCUUUGCUCAUGACAUUGUCAGUGGCAUGAAAUUUCUGCACAGCAGCCCCCUGACCUCUCAUGGCAACCUGAAGCCAACAAACUGCCUGGUGGAUAGUCGGAUGCAAGUGAAACUCUCCGGCUUCGCUUUAUGGGAAUUCAAACAUGGAACCACCCAUAGAGAGAUCACCGCCAAGAAUAUCAACUACUCCGAACUUUACUGGACGGCUCCUGAGCUCCUGCGGAUGGAACGGUUCCUGUUCCGGGGCACCCAGAAGGGAGACGUGUACAGUUUCGCCAUCAUUAUGAGGGAGCUGAUACACAACCAUGAGGACGGACCCUACCAGGAGUUAUACAUGCAGCCACACGAAAUUAUCGGCAGAAUAAAAAACCCCGAUGCCGUCGUCCCUCUGAGACCGACCCUCUCUGUGGACAAAUGUAACGAGCGGAUCAUCAUCAUGCUGAAAAUGUGCUGGGACGAAAACCCAGAUCGCCGCCCGUCCUUCGCCUCUAUAAGGAGAAGCCUGAGAGGAGCCAGCCCUGAGGGCCAUGUCAGCAUCUUGGACAACAUGGUCAAUAAGCUGGAGAAAUACGCCAAUCACUUGGAGGAGGUGGUGGAGGAGAGGACGGUGCAGCUGAUGGCCGAGAAGAAGAAGACCGAGAAGCUGCUGUCCACCAUGUUACCAAGUUUGGUUGCAGAGCAGCUCAUGGCCGGUAAAUCGGUGGAGCCGGAAAACUUCAGCUCGGUGACCAUCUUCUUCUCGGACAUUGUGGGGUUCACCACCCUCUGCUCCUCCAGCUCGCCCCUCCAGGUUGUGGGUUUACUCAAUGACCUGUACAGCUUGUUUGAUGAGAUUAUCAAGACGUACGAUGUGUAUAAGGUGGAAACCAUUGGAGAUGCUUACAUGGUCGCCAGUGGUCUCCCCAUCCGCAAUGGGCUUAGGCAUGUAGAAGAAAUCGCCACCAUGUCCCUGCACUUCUUAAGCGCCAUGCUGAGCUUCAGAAUCCAACAUAAGCCAGAAGAGAAGCUGAAGCUGCGGAUUGGCCUGAACACUGGCACGGUGGUGGCUGGGGUGGUGGGCGUGAUGAUGCCAAGGUACUGUCUGUUUGGGGAUACAGUUAAUACCGCCUCACGGAUGGAAAGCAACAGUUUACCUCUGCGGAUUCACAUCUCUGAGACAACGGCCAGCGCAUUGGAAGAAAUCGGAGGCUAUGUUAUCACGGAAAGAGGAUGGAUCCAGAUUAAGGGGAAAGGAAGACUGAAAACUUAUUGGCUAAAGGGUAAAGUUGGAUUCCAAAUGCCCCUACCAGAUAUUACAGAUGAUGUAGAAGAACCUCUCUCUGGGUCAUUUGAGGCAGAAAAGCUGAGUAUCUAAUCUGUAUCCUCUGGAUGAUUAUACUGGAUAUGGAAGUGAUGAUGAUCGCCCCUUCUAGACCCUGGAUUCCUGAUCUUCAUAUCUUAUCUCUUUAUAUAUUAUCUGUAUAUAAUAAUAAUAAUAUUAAUGAUGCCGAUUCUCCAUAUUGGUUGUGAGAUGUCUGGUCACAUUUGGCGCCACCACAAGACCCUGUGCGGAGGGUGAAAUAAACAGCAGACAAAAUACCCCUCUACCCCUAAAAUAUACAGGAGCGUAGAGUUAUACAUGUACAGAAAGUCUACAACAAGCCAGAGCCAAGGAGAUGAUUAAUGUAUUAUAUUUAUAUAUAUAUAGUGGGGAAAAAAAGUAUUUAGCAGCCACCAACCUGUAAUUUUCAUCAUAGGUUAUAACCUCAACUAUGAGAGACAUAAUGGGGGGUAAGAAUACAAGAAAUCACAUUGUAGGAUUUCUAAUGAAUUAAUUGGUAAAUUCCUCGGUAAAAUAAUUAUUUGGUCACCUACAAACAAGCAAGAUUUCUGGCUCUCACAGACCUGUAACUUCUCCUAUAAGGGUCUCCUCUGUCCUCCACUCGUUACCUGUAUUAAUGGCCCCUGUUUGAACUUGUUAUCAGUAUAAAAGACACCUGUCCACAACCUCAGUCACACUCCAAACUCCACUAUGGCCAAGACCAAAGAGCUGUCGAAGGACACCAGAAACAAAAUUGUAGACCUGCACCAGGCUGGGAAGACUGAAUCUGACAUAGGCAAGCAGCUUGGUGUGAAGAAAUCAACUGUGGGAGCAAUUAUUAGAAAAUGGAAGACAUACAAGACCACUAAUAAUCUGCCUCGAUCUGCGGCUUCAAGCAAGAUCUCACCCCGUGGGGUCAAAAUGAUCACAAGAACGGUGAGCAAAAAUCCCAGAACCACACGGGGGACCUAGUGAAUGACCUGCAGAGA